UAAACUAGGAAUACUCCAUUAUUUUGGUGGAGGUUAUUUUCGAUGGUAAUUAUUUUAUUGAGGAAACAUGGCAGAAAAAAACGUAGAAUUGAAGGGUUAUCAGGCAGAAGCUUGUGAAGCCCAGGGUAACGAGAAUUCAGUGGUGUGUGGAAAAAGAAAAGACCACAACGUAUUUAUCCCAGUGUCAGAUUUUUCUGUGCACCAUCUGCCAGAAAGAUACAGGGACGGAGAUAUCGUGAGUACCACCCAGGCUCUGGCUCGGCUGGUCGUCAGUCUCCUGAUUCCUGUUGAAGACAAGCUGCCAGUCACGGAACCUUGCCCACAUUCUCUGGAAUCCUUCGAAGCAUGCGAAUCUAAAGAGAUCAGAAAAGCCACUGCGAGAGUGAAGUAUGUAGAAAUGGUUAGGGAAGCUGACAAUAAGGUCUGUCAAUGUCCGGAGUGUAUGUACAGGGCGGAUGAGGACAAAGAAACGGAAUUCAGCAAUGUGGUUAUCGUUACAUCUACUCAUAAUGUUUGUGAUGUUGAUAUGUUGAAUGUGUUCUUAACUAUGAUGAUAUGGGGGAUGCACCGGUAAAAUUGUAUGGUUGUUCUAUAAAAACUUUAGAUAUUAAGAACGACAGGUGUGAGUUUUAUUGUUGUACUCACGAUGCUGAGCUAAGAAAUUAUUUAAUCAACAAU